ACACACACACACACACACACACACACACACACACACACACACACACACCAAGCCAUGCCUCGUCGUGAGCUGUCGGCGGAGGGGAACUGAACGUCAGACUCGUGGAGCGCCUCCCUUCCCUCCUUUCACUCGUGGACCAUCCCGCACACACACACAGCCUCAAAUGACCCGCUGACGGCUCCCCGCUCGCGCGCGCCCGGACCAUGGCAUGCGGCUCCCCUCGCGCCUCCUCCACACGUGCUGAUCAUGGGGCUCCGCUCCAGGAACGUCGCCAAUGGGUCCGAGGACAAGAGGUCCGACCUGGACCCCCACGCGGCGGACGGCACCCUGCUGCUCGUGUCCGCGGCGUCGGGUCGCGAGGACUUCAAGAGGGGCGCGGGCCAGGGCAUCGGGCUGCUGGCCAAGACCCCGCUGGGCUACACGCGCCCCGUCAAGAGGAAUAACGUCCGCCUGAGGAAGAUCCAGAACCUGAUCUACGACGUGCUGGAGAGACCGCGGGGCUGGGCGCUGCUGUACCACGCGUUCGUGUUCCUGAUCGUCUUGGGCUGUCUGAUCCUGGCCAUCCUCACCACCUUCAAGGAGCACGAGACGGUGUCGGCCCAGUGGCUGCUCAUCCUGGAGACCUUCACCAUCUUCAUCUUCGGGGCCGAGUUCGGACUGAGGAUCUGGGCGGCAGGAUGCUGCUGCCGCUACAAGGGCUGGAGAGGACGGCUCAAGUUCGCACGCAAGCCCCUGUGCAUUCUGGACAUCUUUGUGCUGAUUGCCUCUGUGCCGGUGGUGGCGGUGCGUAACCAAGGCAACGUGCUGGCCACGUCGCUACGCAGCCUGCGCUUCCUGCAGAUCCUGCGCAUGCUCCGCAUGGACCGCCGCGGGGGCACCUGGAAGCUGCUUGGCUCGGCCAUCUACGCUCACAGCAAGGAGCUCAUCACAGCCUGGUACAUCGGCUUCCUGUCCCUGAUCCUGGCCUCCUUCCUGGUGUACCUGGUGGAGAAGGACGACGGCACCAUGGAAGUGUCCGACCCCGACAACCCCACUGGCCAGCCCCAGACCCAGGACUUCGACACCUACGCCGAUGCACUCUGGUGGGGCCUGAUCACGCUGACCACCAUCGGCUACGGAGAUAAGACGCCCAAGACCUGGGCGGGACGUCUGCUGGCCGGAACCUUUGCCCUCAUCGGAGUCUCCUUCUUCGCCUUACCUGCAGGGAUCCUGGGCUCCGGUCUGGCUCUGAAGGUCCAGGAGCAGCACCGGCAGAAGCACUUUGAGAAGCGCCGACACCCGGCCGCCGGCCUCAUCCAGUCUGCCUGGAGAUAUUACGCCACCAAUCCAAUCAGAGACGACUUAAUUGCCACGUGGAGAUUCUACGAAACCAUCAUCUCGCUGCCCUGUUUCAGGAAGGACCUCGUGGAGGGGGUUUCAAGUAAGCCCGGGUUACUGGAGCGUGUGCGUCUCCCCAACGCGCGGGCCUCCAUCAGCGUGGCACGGCGGUCCCUCCCCUCCGGUAGCGCCGGCGGUAACCCGGGCAACGCCGACUGCAUCGAGGAGAGCCCCUCCAAGGAGCCCAAGCCCGCGGGCUUCAGCGGCCGCGAGCGCUUCAGGACCGCCUUCCGCAUGAAGGCCUACGCCCUGCGGCAGAGCUCCGAGGAUGGUGUUGUUCUGGCCGAUCCGUCGAUGGAGGAGAGGGGCUUCCCCCCCGAUGUCCUGAUGGAGGACAUGAUCCCGACCCUCAAACUGGUCAUCAGAGCCGUGAGGAUCAUGAGGUUCCUGCUGAACAAGAAGCGCUUCAAGGAGACUCUGCGGCCGUACGACGUGAAGGACGUGAUCGAGCAGUACUCGGCCGGACACCUGGACAUGCUCUGCAGGAUCAAGUAUCUGCAGACCAGAAUAGACCUGAUCCUGGCUCCUGGAGCUCUCCUCACUCCUAAACACAAAAAAAACCAGAAGCCCCCUUUCUCCUUCCCCUCAAACCAGUCGCCCAGACAUGACUCCUACCUGGCCAAGGAGCAGGAGCCUGAGGACCAAAGCAUGAUGGGUAGAUUCAUCCGGGUGGAGCGACAGGUGGAGGACAUGGAGAAGAAGCUGGACUUCCUGGUGGACAUGCACAUCCAGCACAGCGAGCACCUGAUGGUGGACUCGGCCGGCUCCGCCCGCAUGACCCUCGACCCCUGCGCGGUCUCCGCGGGGACCGUGCGAGGCCCCGCCUUCUACGGCCUCUCGGACGCCUUCCCUGCCCCACCCCCCCACGCCGGGCGCCACGCCUACCGGUUUCCCGUCGGCAAGGUCAACCCCUACGUCCUCGCCUUCAGCAAGGAGGGGGCCGCCAGGGCAGGCGGGGGGGACGCGGAGGGGGGGGCAGCGGGUCUCCCCCGGGGGGGGGAGGAGGGGCUCCCGCCUCCCCUCCGGCGCCCAGCGGCGUCCCCGGUGCCGACGUACACCGAGCGGCCCACCGUGCUGCCCAUCAGCUCCCUGCAGCCGCCCGCCACCAGCCCCGCCCCGCUGGACCCGCUGGGGGCGUGGCCCGUCAGGACCCCGGGGGGCGGGGUCAACCGGGGGGACGGCGGCGGCGACGACGGCGGCGGGGACACGCCCCUCUCUAUGCUGUCCGUCAACCACGAGGAGCUGGAGCGCACGCUGAGCGGCUUCAGCAUCUCCGGAGAGCGGGACGAAGAGGAGGAGGAGGAGGAGGAGGGGGAGGGCGGCGUGGGAGGGCGGAGGCAGGGCGGGGCCGGUGGGAGGAGCUACGGGGGGCGGGGCCGGCCGAGCUACUUGGCGGAGGCCGAGACGGACACGGACAGCGACCCGUUCACGCCCAGCGGCGCCGGGCCCCUCCCUUUCUCUUCCACGGGGGAGGGGCUUCCGGACACUGUGUGGAACUCACCGCCAUGAGGCUCCGCCCCCUCACCCUCAGCCACACAGGCCGCACCCUCUCUUCAGCUCCUUGACUGUAACCCCAGCCUCUGAUUGGCUCGCUUGGGAACCCCAAUGCGCUCUGGACCAAUGGGAGGCCAGAGGACACAAAGAGGAGGAGCCAGCGUCUCAUCUUUGUUACAUCUUCUGUUACAUCCAUGAGAGAGAGAGAGAGAGAGAGAGAGAGAGAGAGAGAGAGAGAGAGAGAGAGAGAGAGAGAG